AUGUUGAACUGUUUGAAAAUUGUAACACUUGCCGCAAUUUGUGUCGCUCUGAACCAGUUGCAAGUGGCCGAAUCGACAGACAGAUCCGUGCAGCAAUUGCCGCAACGCAUUUACGGUUUGCUGAAUGAAUUAUCCUGCGGCUUGGAACUCAAUGCGAGCGCCAAGUUCGCAUUGCUGCUGGCCGAAUUCCUGAUAAAACAGAAACUGCGCUAUGCCACGCCCACACGCUACGAGAGACAACUUUACUAUCAUCUGCUGCACCGCAUGGAACAGCUGCUGAGCUUAAACUCCAUAUCCGCCCAUAUGCUCACUUUUGCAGUACUCCGGAGUGCAUUUCAGCGCAAUGUGCUGCUCCUGCCGCCCAGCUUGAAAUACGGCUCACUCCAUGCCAAUGCCGAGUAUGAGCAACUGGCGCUGAACUAUGAGAGUCUGGUUGAGAAGGGCGUGCCAAAUGCCACACAAUCGGAUCUCUGCAUGCGCGACAUAGUUACUCUGGAUGCCAGCGAUUGCAAGCUCAGCCUGGACUGCCUGGACAUACUGACCAGCGAGGCAUCUGCCUAUGGCUAUCAGCGCACCCAUCAGGUCCUGCUGCUCUACAUGCUGCAGCAUCACAGAUGUGCGCCCCGUUUGAGUCCCCCGCAGCUGUACGAGGAGCUGAUUAAGAUGCACUGCGACGAGAUACUCAGCGAACAGAAUGCGAUACGCAGCCUGGCCUUGGGUCUGGGCAAGUACCAGGAUCUGUAUCUGGAGCAAGCUACCAUCUGUGGACUGGCUGGAUAUAAUGAGUUCCUCAACUGGCGGAAUGUGAUGGAAAUCGACAGCUGGCACGUAAAUGAGACCAAGGAGCAGCACAUCAAGGACCUCUCGCUGGUGUUCUAUAUUAACGCGUUGCUGAUGCUGCAUUAAAUUGAUGCUAACUGUUGCCGGUGCUCCUGCUCCUGCUGAUGCUGCUCCUGCUGCUGCUGCUGCUCCUGUUCCUGUUC